AUGCUUGAAGGUAACUGUACGGCAGUCCAAAGCACUCAGGAACUGCUGGAACUUCAGGACACGUGGCUGGCCUUUGACUGCAAGCAGCCUUUGACGGUCCUUGCGACCGGAGAAGCGAGGGGCUCAAGAGGCUGUUGCCUCGCCAGGGCCUCACUCCGGCGGGGACCUUUGUCUGCUGGCUUUUCCUGUGAAGAGGUAGGAGUUCUGGUGUUAGGGGAAGAGGGUUACGCUCCCAAGCUUAAGCCAGCCUCCAAAGUCGCUCUUUCGAAGUUCAAGGCUCCAGCCAAAGCCCUGAUUCGGAUCGUGGCGCCGUCCCACUACCGCGCCUGUUGCAAGGAGAGCCGACAGUGGGAUUCCCCUCAAGCCAUCGUGUCGGAAAUGGCACAGUGGAAGGUUGAGGGACCAAGCACUCAGGCCAGUAGUCUCACGGGUGGCAACUGGCAGUGGACAAAACACAAAGGGUCGGAUCAGCUGAUUGGCCACUUGAAAGUCAGUGAAAGUCUUGCCCAGGCCCUGGCCCCUCACAGUGGUCGCCGAGGUAUCUUCAUUUCACUGAUCAAAGAUCUAAAAACUCCCGCGAGGAUAGGAUGGACCCCCAAGCAUGAGGAUGAAGAGCCCGAUGACUAUCUUAGUCGUUGCUCCAGCUUUGCAUCCGCGCGCGGUGCUUCCCUAAAGUACCGAUGCGGAGGCGGCAACGACUUGGGUGUGGUUAGGAAGGAUGGCGAAGCUGAGGAAGUCAGAGCCGUUGUCGUGAACGUGCGGGCCCCAAAAGAUUGGGAGGCGGAGGGCCUCCUCGCCUUUUUGCUUGAGCAAAAGUGGCUCGAGCCUCAGGUCUUGAACAAACGAGGCCAGAGCUGGUUGGUUAAAGGCACGCCGCCUCACCCAGCCUCUACAUGGAGAUACAUCGAUGCUGAGGACCCCAGCAUUACUGUACACGUCACAAAGGCUCAAGGGAAGCCCCCCUCGGUGCGCGAAACUGUGCCGUUGCGUGCUCCCCGUGCGAAGCUCAGUGAAGUGAGCGCUAGGCCUGCUGAGCAGCGCAGAGGCAGAGCUCCUCCGGACGCCGCCACAGGUGCCGGCGCUGGGCCCCGGGCUGGCAAGGACACACAGGAGAUCGGUUCCGACCGGGCUCGGAGCCGCAGUAGAGAAAAGGACACUACUGAGAGUUCCAAAGCCCCCCCUCUGGCUCCAGUUUUUGAUCCCAUGACUGAUGCUCUGAGCAGCGGGUGGAAGAUCAGAGACCUGGGCGGGGACGGGGACUGCGGUUUCCGUAGUCUGUCGGGCGCGAUGCACCACGCCAAGGGCACCCCUUUCCCUGACGAUGUUGCGGUCGACCAAGCUCGCUGUAAAGGUGCUACCAUCCGAACUCAGUGUUUGUCGCACAUCCGUAAGCAUGUCGAUCGCUAUGCUGCCUUCCUCCAACCGGAUGUUGAUGGUGGUGACAUGGAUACUGAGGACUUGGAGAUGUACUUAGGCUCCAUGGCGCACCCUCGUGCUUGGAUUGACGGUAUCAUGAUCCAAGCUGCAGCAGAAAAGUACGGUCAGGUCGUGGUGAUCUGGCACAAGUCAAAGCCGCAGAUGGACGCUGCUGGGCUUGUCACUCAGGCCAACUGGCAGCGAACCACUUUGGCCCCGGACUGGGCCAAGGAUGGGAUGCCUAAAAUGGCAAAAGACAAGUCCCCCAUAGUGCUUAGGCUUGAGAAUGAGCACUACACGUACAUGGUCCCUCCGGAAGGAAGCGAGGUCGCGCCUGAGCCUUCGCUGUCUAAGGGGCCCUCAACCCCGUCUCUGCACACCUUCAUGCGGCAUGCUGCUCAAGAGGCGCCCAAGCCUCAGCUUGACCCCGCAGCCUCCCUUGAGCCCCCAGAGGUUCCCCCCCGCCGGCGCCUCAAACGCAAGCAGCACCCUUUGGGGGAAGACGAGGACACGGGGCACGAACCUCUUACUUUUUCAGAAAAGUCUGGACACCGAAAGAAUCGGAUUUCUACGGUCAGCUGGCCGUGCCCCUUAUGUAAGGCCGUGUUUACGUGGACGGGGCACGACAAGGCCCUUAGCCAGAAACAGCGGCACAUGAAGCUUGUGCACAACACCAGGUUGUCGGCAGUGGGUGGCUCGAAAUCCGAUAAAAUGAAGGACCAAUGGGAAAAGAACCCUCGGCAGUUCAAGUCGGGAGCGGAGGCCACCAAGAAGGCCUUGCUCAGGGCCAAGCAGCUCAAGGACCAGCAGCGUCACGACCUCGCUCACGCCACGUCCAUGGGCCUUUUCCCUUGCAUCAAAAAGACAUGGUUUUGUCGACGGUGCCUGGUUAAGGGCAACACCCGACAGAUCACGGACAAGGCCCUGGCCAAGGCCUGUGACUUGUCCGAACAGAAAGUUGCGGAGUUCACGGAGCAAGCCACCAGGGUGGUUCAGAACGCUCGUCCUCGCAAAGAUGUCCAGUCUGAGGCAACUAGGCGUAGGGCUGCCGCUAGAAAGGCCCAGUGGCGAAAGGAUGAGGGGUACACUGCUGAGCCCGCUUCUCUUCCUGGCAAGCUCAACGCUUCGUUGCAGAUGCCCCGCUUGAAUCUGAAAACCUCCAGUCGCGGAGGUGGCAUCCGCAAGCGGCCUGCCGCUGCUGUGGGCGCUGCCAACGCUGGGGUCGCUGAGUCCCCCCCUCAGAACGGACCGGACUCGUCAUGGCAACGUGACCUUACCGAGGAAGGAGUUGAGCGUCAACCGGGGCCCCAAAGGGAGGCUCGGCGGCGCAGAAAAGCAAAGCGAGCCCUUCCGAUCUUGCUCGUUUGGCAGCUCAAUGUGGCUUCGUUCGCUCUUAGAGGGUGGGACUUGCUGGCCGCUGCGGAAGCCAACAGGGUGGACAUCGUUGUUAUGCAGGAAACUCGCAUGACGUGCGAAGAGGCCGCGCGGGUCAACAACAGUCUCCAGCGAUGGACGUUGUUUCAUCAACAAGAAGAGCCUCCGGAGCAGCGGGCUACUACCGAAGGCGGAGUGGCUGUGGCGGUCCGAAGAGGCAUCCCUGCUGUCAAAGGAGCGUCGCACUGUAGCGGUGCGGGCCAGUGGCUGCGCGUGGCUCUCCCGGGGCUUCAUGUGACAUCGGCCUACCGAAGACAGCUCAGCUACGAAGAACUGGCAGACUACAACGAGUCUCUUUGCGCUGACUUGGCGAGUUUGGGCAAGACGGCUACCAUGACUUUCGGAGACUGGAAUCAUGAUCCUCUUACCGACCCGCUCAAUGUGCAGGCGGCUGGGACCAGAGGUAUGGUGCACUACCCCACCCUGCCCAACCCUGCUGAGGGCGACGAGCCUCAAGAACCUCUCCCCGCCCCGACUCGGUGGGCCUCGAAUCGCUGCAUCGACUGGGCGGUGAGAAGCAACGUUCAAGCCUCAGUUAAGCUCCUGCUCGACAAGUGGUCAGACCACAAGCUGUUGGAAUGGAAUAUCGCGGGUCUCUCGACGGGGGGGCUUCCGAACUUCAAGCUCAGGCAAACUUCGGAUCUGCGUAAACCCGACAAUGUGUCUCAGAAGCAGUGGGAUGAGGUCAUCGACCGCUUGUGGAACAGGUCGGCUCAGGAACGCUGUAGCACCAAUUUGAGCGAGUGGGAACAGCUUUCCAAGGCUGUAGAGGACGUGAUGCGCGAAGCUCUUAGGGAGCUCGGAGCCCAGCGUCGCUUCACGACCAAGAACUACAAAGGUCAAGUUGCUGCUGUAACCCCGGAUGUGCGACACCACAGGCCAAGCCCUCAGGGGGUCCCGACAGUCCGUACUGCUAGGCUGCGUCGUUUCGGACGGCGUGUUGAGCAGUACCACCGGCACCCCGAGCCUGCCCUGUCUCGCAGUGUGCUUAGGGAAGCUGCCUUCUUCGAGUGCCCUUCCUCCCCUCUCGAGCCUGGCUCUCUCUCGGACUUUCGACUGUGGCUUGAGAACGAACUUCGUAGACUGGAAACUGCUCAACGAGACAAGCGUCUUCGGGAGUGGAAGCAGAAGAUGCAACAGGAGGACGGUCCGGUCUGGCGGUGGCUCGCUAAGGCCAAAAAGACCGAGGUUACGUGCGGGCUCAAGGACUCCAGCGGGCAAGUCAUGACGCCCGUGGCAACCAUGCAAACUGUCGAAGCUUUCUGGCGUCGGCAUUGGCCCGGCAGCGAGGACCUGGCUGACAAACUAGAGGUUGUUGAGAACUUGUACCACGAGUUUGGGCUAGGGGACCAGGUCCGGCACCCUGGCAUGCCGCCUCUCUCAGGCAGCGACCUUAAGCGCACCUUGUCACGGCAAAAGGGCAAGGCUGCGGGCCCAGAGGGUUGGAGGCCGGAAGAGCUGUGGAGUUGGCCGGCGCCAGCCUUGGACCUGCUCGCGGCUUUCCUUAACAAGGUUGAACAGGGGAGUAGCUGGCCCAGAGCCCUCAGGCAAUGGCGACAAGUCCACCUUAGUAAACCAAACAAGCCUGCCGGCGAGUUGGGAAGCCUGCGACCCAUCAGCAUCGGUUCAGCCGUCUAUCGGACGUGGUCGGCCACUCGGAUUCGACAGCUCGGGCCUUGGCUUCGGCGUAGGUUCCCAGACCAAGUGCACGGAGCCUUGCCAGGUAGGGGGGUUCACACCGCCUUACUUGAGCCGCUCGCAGAGAUCGAGGCCGCUCAGUGGUCUUCUCAAGGGAGUCUCCGCUAUCUCGGCUCCUCUGACUUAUCUAAGGCCUUCGAUACGAUGCACGGGGCCCUCUCGGUCGGCGCACUAAGGCGCUUAGGAGUGCCGCAACCUCUGUGCGAUGCUUGGCACCGAGCAUGGACCUCCCAAGAGCGGGUGCUCCAACUGGCGGCCUUCUGCAGCCAGGGUGCGGUGACUGAGGUCAUGGCCUUGCCGCAAGGCGACCCGGCGUCCCCGGCUGCCUUGACAGCUCCUCUCGUGGAGUCCCUUCGGCGCAUCCAGAGUAUCUUCGCUGAAAGAAGACAUGGGCGCUCUUUGUUCAGGUUGUUUCUUGACGACAGAAGCUGGUAUUGCGCAAAGCGCAAGACUUGUCUGGACGUCGGCCGAACGUGGCUUCAAGAAGUAUCGGUUUGGGGUUUGGGGGAGAACAAAUCCAAAGCGGAUUUCGGCGUUGUGGGUUCGGCUCAGGCGCGCCGGCGCAUGCAAACCGAGCUGCGCCGUCGCGAGCAGGUGGGGGAAGUCAAGCUUCGCCCGCGCCUCCUGGGCUCUCGCGUGCACACGAACAGGGCGCACAGCAAGCCACAAGGAGAAGAGCGUGACCGGCUCGUUGAAGCCAAGAAGAUGGCAGCCUGGGGUAGUCACCUGCCCUGCGACCAGGCCCGAAAGGCCUACUUCCUCAAACAGACUGCGGUGGCUAAGGCUGCGGCUCCCACGUACGUGAGGAGGGAGUUUGGCUGUCUCAAGUUCCGUCAUGGGCAUGAGGUGGAUGCAGAGGCAUGGGUGGAGCGAGGCCGGCAGGAGAGAGGCAUUCGGCUAAGGGAGCAAAACAAAGAUGCCAUCAACCACGCCUUGCGUGACGCUUGGAGGGCUCGGUGCUGGGUCACGUGGCUGGCGCAGGGCUCUAACCGGGCCAGGCCGCUGGCCGCUCUGUCUUGGCCCCAGGCGGUCAUGGUGGGACACAUGGUGUCCCCAGCGGCAUUCCACGUAAUGUCCAGUCCGCAGGCUGCUAUGAUCCCCUGCCCCUUCUGCGGGUCUCAGGAGGCGCCGGACUUCGAGCACGUGAUGUGGGUGUGUGAGUACUUUAGACCGGUGCCAGCAGUGCGGCAAGAGCGCCUCGUCAGGGCGAACCUCUACCGCACCAGCAACUACUACUACAGGCUUUGGUGCAUCUUCGAGCUUGCUGCGUUCCGGAAGGCGAAUUCAUCAGGACGUACUGUGCUGAAGCCCCUCUACUUGGAGGUCGGCCUGCUUUAUGUGAUCCUUGCGAACUAUAUUGUCGUUCUGGUCGAAGAAGCGAGAGUUAGGUAUGCAGAGGACGAAGCCUGGGAUGUGGAUGGCUGGUGGGUUCUAGCACGUGUCUCUAUUUCGAUUCCCUAUGCCCUGCUGCUUCAUGGCUUGCGCCGGCUCUGCCACGAGAAACGCCAUCUCAUUGAGAAUAUCAGAAGAUUUGAAUUGGCAAAGGUGAGCUGCCGCCUCAAGAGCGACAGAGAUUUCAUCUAUGCUGGCAUUCGUGAGUGGUAUGGAAGCGAGGAGGCAUUCGAGCAAUAUGUGCGAGGCACGCUCUACGACGAACUUGUCCAUCCGUUUCGGAGAUCAGACUUUCCAGCUGUGUAUUGGCUUAUGGCGAUGACGACGUUGUUUGCAAACCAAGUGGAUAUUUGGGUGACCAACUAUAGAAACACAUCUUCAGUCUCGUCAGGUCUUUAUCAGUUCCGACGAUUUCUGGCGCUUGUCGUUGCAGACCCUUUGACAGGCAUAAACGGUAUGAGCUAUACCUUCUUCCUGUGUGACUAUUUGGCACGCCCUGCAGCAGGAAUGUGUGAUUACGGAAAGACUGUGCUGGUUUGGUCUGUGCUCAUGCUCGGUACCUAUGGGUGGCUGCUCCAGUCUGAUAUCAUGGCCGCCUCGGAAAGAAUUGAGGUCACUAUUGCCAUUUGUGCUGCUCAAGCUGUCGCCUACGUCUUUCUCAGGUGCUUGGUGGGUGCAAAGAUGAGGAUGAUUUGA